AUGGCCACUUCCACACCCGCAGGCAGCUCGGCGGCUGCCAUGGCCACCACCACGCCCUCACCACUCGCCAUCCUCUCCAACACCACGCCUCGAGGCAGCUCCAUCGCGCUCUCCUCGCUCCAAGCGCUGCCAGAAACACAGCUCGUGCUCGUCCUGCUCGAUCAUCCCACCAUUCGUCGCAAGUGGCGCGCCGUCGUCGUGCCCCUCAUCGAAUCUAUAUCAAAGAGGCUCAACACUCUCUAUCCGGGCUCGCGCCUCACCAUCGCUUCCAUCGUCUACCGCCCUAGCCUCGACAAGUCUCUCCUCCGCCCCGCCUGGACCCUCAGCCGCACCAGCCUUCAACCAGGCACCAAGCUCAUUGCCUCCAAUCUACAUGGCCCCGAGCCCUGGCUAGGACCAGACCAAACAUCGUCAUCAGCAUCUCUCGCCGCCAGCAAUGCUUCCGAUCUCGAUCCAGCAGCGUCCGUCUUUGCCUCCAUCGACGGCAGAUCCAUCGCCCGACCCACCGCUCACAUCCUCGAAGCCUUUGUCGCCGCCCUCGAGGCGCUCCAGCCGCCAGAAAGCGGCAUACACAACCCGCUCCUCCCAAAAAAGCCGCCCGUCCUGGCUCGUCACAUGCUCCAUGUCUGUCUAGACUCUACAGACGUCGCGCUCGAUCUCUCCUCUCCGCCCUUCUUCAACGCAGACGCCGCAAACGAUCGCAUCAAUGCACCCAGCGUCGGCGCAAAACUCGCCCGUCUGGGUGUCUCCAUCACAAGUUGUGCGGUCAAGACGGAUUCCGCAGCUGCAGCUACGCCUUCCACCUCCAAAGAAGCUCUCGCCGCCAUCCUGGGCUUCCACAAAAGCGUCUCCGAGCCCAACAAGCUCGCCAACGAGGACCUAGCCGCGCUGCUCCCAGAGGCCGUGCGCGCCAAGAUCUUCAGCGACGCAAACAUCAUCUCCACCGGUCUCACCCCUUCCUCGGCUCAGCGCGCCGCCGCGUCCACUCUACCAUCCUCGACAGCGCCUCUCUCGGCCAAGAGAGGCAGAGACGAUGAAGCCGACUCCACCCCGACACCCGUUAAGCGAUCCAAGUCCGGCAGCAUCUCGCAACCUCAACCGACCUCAUCGGCCACUGCCGCCACCUCGGCAUCCACAGCACCUGGAGCUUCGGCAGCCGAACUCCCACGCAACAUCAAGCUUGACCCCAGCGUCAGCACCAAGGUACUCUUCCUGCGCUCCCAGCAGGAGGCCAUGAUCAAGAAUUGGGCCGCCGCCUACACCACCGUCACCAAGGCAGAGUCUACAGGCGAGCCCGCUUCGCCAACAAAGGCGCCCGGCAUGAACAAGGCCUACCUCGAGCAGCUCAAGGCGCAGCUCAUGACCCAGCAGCAGGCGCUCAAAAUGCUCGUUCAUCGCAUCAUCAGCGGCGCAGAGACCGUGCCCAACUUCAACGUCUGCCUCCAAAGCCUCAUCAACAUCGACAAGGAGGCGCGCGACAUGGGCGUCAUCCUCGGCGGGCCAAGCGGCGGCGGUGCUGGCCUCGGCCGGCCCGGUCGCAGCUCAAGCAUCACCGGCGGCCAGCCUGGACUCGCUCAGCAGCCGCUGCAAGCCGCUCAACCCGCAGCAAAGACGGCCAUACCGGCUGCCCUGCCAUUGCAAGGCCCAGCUGCAGCCGAUCCAACCGCAACAGCAGCAGUUGCAGCAGCGCCCGCCGCUGCCCCUCCAGCAAGCCCCACGCGGCCCAAGCCCUUCUGGCGCGGCGCGCUCACUUGGUCCGUCAUCUCCGACCCGGCGACAAAGCAGAAGCGCGACGUCGCAACCCUCGUAUCGGCCACCUCCAACAGCUCUGCGCUCGAUCGCCUCAUGAUGCCCUGGCCGGACAAGCUGCAGAUCACUGCCAUCACCCAACUGGCGCCGCGCAACCUCCAAGUGUACGCCCAGUCGCAAAAUGCACCCUACAUCCUCUUUGCCACGCAAGAAGCAGGGCCGCAGGACUCGCUCGGCGGCACCGCCGGCCCUGUCCUCACCGCCGCCACCGCCGAGAGGAAUCGACAGAUGUACGCCAACCUCGCCAGCAGCCUCGACGCCAAGAAGAGCUGCGCGUUCGUCCGACAUGGCAGCAGCCCCGGCGCAGGCCUGGUGCUCUUUGCCACCACACAGCCAACGAGUUCGGCCGAGAAGAACGCAAAGACUCCCGUGCCGCCCAAGCUGAUUGGUGUCGUUCUCAAGGACACUAUCCCAUUCAGCCGGCUGCUUUCGUCGCAGGCCAGCGCCUCGCAAAUGCCACAGACAGGCCCGGCGAUUCAGCCGAACCAGCAGCAAGCGCAAGCGGCUGCCGCUGGUGGCGCAAGCAAGGGCCAAACGCCGCAAGUCCAAGCCCGAUCGCGAGGCGCCAGUGCGUCUGGGUCAGUGCCGGCCGCCAUGCCAGCUGCGGCACCCUCCAACGGGGUAUCUGCAGCGAACCAGCCAGCUGCACAGCAGGCCCAGAAUGGGAUGGGCCUGGGCUCAUCGAUGCCUUUCAACCUCUCGGCGCUCAACGCGACGGGCAACGUGCCUGUGUCCGGCAUCGGCGCUAUGCCUGGCCUCGGCGCAGGCAUGGGGAUCGGAUCGAAUCCAGCAGCGCUUGCCAUGGCUGCACAGCCUCAAGCGGGCAACACCAACGCCGCCAAUAACAUGUCGCAGCUCGCCGGGCUUGGCAACUUGGGCAACUUGGGCAACCUGGGUAACCUGGGCAACCUGAGCAACCUUGCUGGCCUCGGCAACUUUGGGCUAGCCAACCUGGCUGGGCUCGCACAGCAGUCCCAGCAGCAGCAACAGCCGCCUCAGCCUCAGCCUCAGCAACAGCAACAGCAACAGCAACAGCAACAGCAACUCAUGAACGCCGCGUUCAGCAACAUGCAGCAGGCGGCCAAUGGAGGUGCGGCCGGAGGUGGUGGGCAGCAGCCCAACCUGGCAGCCCUGGCGCAGCUGCUAGGCAUUGGUGGCCAAGCUGGAGGAAUGCAGCAACAGCAGCAGCAGCAGCAGCCGGCUACGUCUCAGCCACAGCAGUCGUUUGCCCAGGCUCUGCCGCAGCUGUUCAACCAGAUGGCCGCCUUUCAGCAGCCAGCCGCACAACAGCCACAGCAACAGGCGCUCUUUGGCGGCGUGAACCCAUUCGGCGCGGCACCGGCAUCGCAACCACAACCGCAGCCUCAGUUGCAGCAGCCCCAGCAACAACAGCAACAGCAGCAACAACAGCAGCCGGCGGCGGGCGACUCUGGAGGCCAGCUCGACUUUUCCAAGCCAAUGACCAUGGACCAGUUGCGAGCACUGGGAUUCAUUCAGUAG